ACAAACAAGAUCAAUCACAUAGCUACAUCGCAGCUAUAAACUAGCGCUACUACACUUGAAGCUAGCAUAAGCAAAGAAGAGAAAAGAAGAAACAAGAUCAUGUACCACCAUAACCAUGGUGAGGUGGCCAGCCUUCACUUCCUCCCGCCUCCAAAUCGUCCCCCCUCCUUCGCCGCUCACCACCACAUAAACAUGGCCCUGCCGCCUCAGGCCUACUUCCCUCCCUCCUUUGAUCCUACUGCUCUACUCGCCGGAGACGAUGCGUCUCCUGGCUUUGAACUUGACACUAUCCUACAAGAAGCGGCUCACCUUGCCAGCGGCAAUGGCUCACCCAGCUCGGGCUCCGACGCCGGAGGCGUCAACUACUUCCAGGUGGGCGUUGCUGGCGAUGGCGUUUGCGUUGGAGCUGCCGAGGAGGAGAGGAGGCGACGGCGUAUGGUCUCGAACCGGGAGUCGGCGCGACGGUCGCGCAUGCGCAAGCAGCGGCAGCUGAGCGAGCUGAGGGCGCAGGCCGCGCACCUCCGUGGCGCCAACCGCCGCCUCCUCGACGAGCUCAACGGCGCAUUGAGGCACUGCGCCGACGCCCGCCGCGAGAGCGCCCAUCUCAGGGACGAGAAGGCCGAGUUGACCAAGAAGCUCGAGCAGCUGUCGCACCAAUCGGCGCCGGAAAAGAAAGCCGCCUCGAGCAAUCAUAGUAGCUGUUCCUCGGAGGAGACAGAAGGAGAAGAAAGCAUGUAAGAUUUUAAUCAAGCCUGGAUCGGAAACUACGGAAGAGGAGAAAGCCUCUAGUGUGGGUUCUCCCGGGAAGAAGGUGAGGUGGACUAGCUAUGGUGCUGCACCCGGUGCGCGGGUGACGAAGAAGAAGGCACACUGCCGAGUUCCUGAAUCACUUUUUAUCUGAACCUUCCUCAAUCAGUUUUCUUCACAAGACGUUUUCCGUCUUUGUAAAACGUAUAACUAACUAGCUCGUCGCUUGUUCGGAUGCUUGAGCUAUGCGUCCUUCUGAUCCUUCAAAAGAUAUGCGCUAUUUUGCUCUUUUUUGG